ACUAGAAGUUUUCAAACUACAAUCAAAGAUGAAAGGUGACAUGCCACACUCAAAAUUAAAGAUCACAUUAAGGCUUUAAUCAUUCAAAGAUUACUAACACCAAAUAUGUUCCAGCUCCUUUUGUUUGAGAUAUUCCAGCAUUUCAUCAUUUUUUAUUCACUGCUUUUCUGAUACAGUCCUCUUUUUAAAAAAAGUUCUAUUUUGAUACUUUCUUUAUGUUGAGAAGAACUUUGUUCUGUUUAUGUUCUGAGAUAUCUUUUCUAGCCUGAACUACUUUUGAUCCUGGUAAGGAAGCAUAAUGAUUUUAUUUUUGUCUGGCAUGACUAUUCUGACUGAGAGAUUAUAUUCCCUUUUUAGAUCAUUCCAACUUUGAUUUGACCAAAGUUUCUUAGUAAUUCAACAGAAUAUUUAUCUCUUUUAUUUGAAGCAUUACCUCUGUUCAAAGAGAUUAAACUAGUCAUCACUCUCAUAGGAUCUGCAAGUUCAUCAAUCAAGCUCCCCUUCUUCUACAACUUAUCAGAGACAUGGUUGAACGAAGCCACAGCUUUAAGUUACCAGGAGCUGAGAUAAAUGAUCUAAGAAUGGCUCUUUAUGAGCGCAAAGAAGUAGUUGAGAGGCUCCAAGAUGAGUUAGAAGCAGAGAGAGAAGCAUCUGCCACGUCAGCGAGCGAGGCUAUGUCAAUGAUUCUCAGGCUGCAAGGAGAGAAAGCUGAGCUAGCCAUGGAAGCUGAACAGUACAAGAGAAUAGUCGAAGAAGAAAUGUCUCACGCUGAGAUGUCCUUUGCGCUCUUAGAGGAUUUUAUCUACCAGAAAGAGGUUGAGAUCACUGCGCUUGAGUAUCAAGUGGAAGCUUAUAGAAGCCAGCUUUUGAGCUUGGGGUAUAGUGACUUGAAUAGCUUAGAUGAUGUUAAGCUUCAAGGGUCAUUGAGUGAUAGGUCUCAAACACCCUCUCCAGAGUUGGUAGAUGAUCUUUCUAUCCCUGUGGAGAAGGAAGUUAUUGAGCAGAGUUUGGACUCACAGAAGAGUUCCUUAGAUGUGUAUUGGGAACAGAUCAAGAAGCUGGAUGAGCAAGUGAAAGAGCUUACACAUUUUAGAGACUCGAUGCAAUACAAGAGUUCAAUGUCUGAAUCUCGAGUCAACAAGAGAGAAGAAGAUGUUGCAAGCUCAUCAAAGGGUUUGUGUAAAAGUGAGGAAACUCUGGUGAUAAAAGUUGCAAAGCAUGCAAAGAUGGAUAAGAAAUCACCUAAACAGACAAGAGACAGAAGCGGUAAGAGAAACCGUGGAGAGUAUCAAGCUGAACUACAGAGGUUGAGACAGAGAGUAGAGAGGCUUGAGAGGGAAAGGACUAAGACUGAGCCUGAAACUAGUGGAGUGGUUAAGGAAGAAGAGAUUAGUCUAGUGAGGGAGGUGAAGGAGGAGGUAAGUUCUGUGCAAUCAUCUGAAGUGAAACGCUCAGAUAGACUGGAGAAUCUACAACCUUGGAUUGACCCAGCCAUUGUUUCCAUUCAAGAGGCAAUGCUUUACUUCUGGCUAUGAGACAAAGAAAAGAAAGUGAAAAGAAGAUUUUUGUGUUUAUGUUGAGUGUUUGUCAUUGUGUUGUGUUUUUGUUUGCUUCUAGCUAAGAAGAUGUAUGUAACUUUUCUAUGUAGGUUGCCUUUGAGUAACACAUACCAAAAACAUCAUCUUUGUAUAUUUUUCUGUGUGUAAAUAUAUAUUGAGAAGAA